AUGAUGCUGAGGUCUCAAAAACAACUUUCAUAUACUAUCGGUCCUUUCACCGAAAUGUCAUUGAAUUCUAUGAUUGCGGCAGCAGCUGAAGGAGACCUGGGAGAAAAGACUAGGGGACAAUCUUCAAAUCCCGUCUGGAUGAAGGAGAGGUCCUUCAGGUUGACAGCUUCACAUUUUGGCGAAGUCUGUAAGCAACGUAAAUCGACAAACCCCUUUAAUCUUGUUUUGAGAAUUCUCAAAUCUCAGUUCAAAGGAUCGUCAGGAGCUAGCUUUGAUGGCAUUAUUGAUGCAGAUAUGAUCAUCGAGGUGAAAUGUCCGUAUUCUGCAAACAAAUAUUCUCCAGAGGAUGCUGUGAAUAAGAAGAAAAUUAAAUAUGUGGAGCUCAACGAAGAAGAAAAUAAGGUGAAAUUGAAAAAAAAUUGCAAUUAUUAUUACCAGGUGCAAGGUCAACUUGCAAUAGCAAAUGCCAAAAUAUGUUACUUUAUAGUUUGGACCCCUCUUGGAAUUGCUGUUGAAGAGAUUGAACAAGAUGACUUCUGGACUAAUGUUAUGCUGCCGAAGCUUAAAUCCUUUUACCUGGACCAGAUGCUUCCAGAAAUAGUUGAGGAAUAG